GCGUUGCUGAAGCGUGGCAUGCAUGUGGAGCCGCUGGAGAAGUGGUCCAAGGUCGGUUUACAGGUGUUUGAAUCAAAUGUUCCAAUAGCGGGAACUAUCGAGUACCUUGCCGGGCAGUACAUGCUGCAGUCGGCGGUAUCGUUUUUGCCUGUGAUGGCGCUCGCCCCGCAGGAAAAGGAGCGUGUUCUUGACAUGGCCGCUGCGCCUGGCGGAAAGACUACAUAUAUUGCUCAGCUGAUGAAAAACACAGGUGUAUUGUUUGCCAAUGAUGUGAGCGAGCCCCGUACGAAGGCGUUGAAUGCCAACCUGCAGCGUCUUGGGGUGACAAAUACGGUGGUGACAAACUACGACGGUGCUGGCUACAAUAAGAUCAUGAAAAACUUUGAUCGUGUUCUCCUUGACGCACCGUGCACAGGGAGUGGUAUUAUCUCACGGGACAAGAGCAUCAAGAGCAGUAAACACUACGAGGAUGUUCAGCGAGCCUCGCAGCAGCAACGAACGCUUCUUCUUUCCGCCAUUGAUGCGGUGAAAGUUGGUGGCUACGUUGUUUACUCCACCUGUUCGUUUCUUGUGGAGGAGAACGAAGCGGUUGUGGAGUUCGCGGUGCGUCGACGCCACGUGGAAAUUGUCGAAAUGGGACUUCCGUUUGGUCGUCCCGGGCUUACGAAGUACCGCCACCACCGAUUUCAAGAAAAGAUGCAGUGCUCCAGACGCUUUUUUCCGCAUGUGCAUAACAUGGACGGAUUCUUUGUGUGCAAACUGAAGAAGUUGUCCGAUGACUGUCGUCCAGAGGCUCAAGACAUUGCCGCGGUGGAGGAGACGAAGAAUGGCGUCUCACGUCGUGCGAAGAGUGGAAUGAAGGGAGCCGCCAAGCGACAGCGCGACGGCAGCGCAGACAUCGUGGCGACGGAGUCAAGGAGGGAAAGCCGCAUAAGCGUUCCUCCACCGACGCCAAGGGGCGGCAGGAAAAAGCACCGUAAAGUUUGA